GGCCCGCCGAGCUGUGGGGUGCAGCUGGCCGGGAGGGAGAUCCUGGCCCCCUUACACCCCAGCAGGCGCAAAGGAGCAGGAGCCCGGGUGAGGGGAGGAGGACCCGGGGACCUUGAGUUGCUCGGUGGGAGCCGGCCUGUGUUUCUGUUUUCCUAGUCGAGGGGUGUGUUUGGGUUGGUAGAGUUUGGAGUGGGGAUGGGAGGAAUCUGGGGAGGCUCAUUUGGAUGGGAGGAAUCUGAGGAGGCUAGGGAGAGGAAGAGGGGCUUUGAGAUGGAUUGAGGGAGAGGAUUGACGGAGGGCGUGGCUUUGGAAGAGUUGGAAGUUUCUUGCUGCCUGUGGGUGCAGUGAUUGCAUGAGGAGUUUGGUAGGGGCGGCUCGGGACACCGAAGGAGGAGAUGGGGAAGGCUGUCCUGCACGUAACUUACUUCCCUUUUGGGAGAUUUGCUUCCUCUUGCAAUGCUAGUUAAGGAAGGAGAGGCUGGAGAAGACUGUGCCGUCAGAGAACCUUUGCCUCUUUCCAGACCCGGUGCCAUCCCUAGUGUCAGGAACAUAAGGGAAGGGGUGGCCCCCAGCAGCCGGGAGGGGCCCUGAAACCCCUGCUGUCGGGUUUGGGGUACCACUUCUUUGUGGAGGAGUGGCUGGUACCAUUUGCAGCCUCACCGGCUCUUUCGAGUUGCUGGUCACCUAACCCAUUUGUGGUUUCCUCUGCCUGUGCGAAGCCAUGGCCAGCGAGAGCUCGCCUCUGCUGGCCUACCGGCUCCUGGGGGAGGAGGGGGCUGCCCUCCCUGCUAAUGGGGCUGGGGGUCCUGGAGGGGCAUCUGCCCGGAAGCUGUCCACCUUCCUGGGUGUUGUGGUGCCUACUGUCCUGUCCAUGUUUAGCAUAGUUGUUUUUCUGAGGAUUGGGUUCGUGGUGGGUCAUGCUGGGCUGCUGCAGGCCCUGGCCAUGCUCCUUGUUGCCUACUUCAUCCUGGCACUCACCGUCCUUUCUGUCUGUGCCAUCGCCACCAAUGGAGCCGUGCAGGGGGGCGGAGCCUACUUCAUGAUCAGCCGGACACUGGGGCCCGAGGUCGGCGGCAGCAUUGGCCUCAUGUUCUACCUGGCUAACGUCUGUGGCUGUGCCGUCUCCCUGCUGGGACUGGUGGAGUCUGUGCUUGACGUCUUCGGGGCCGAUGCCACAGGGCCCAGUGGCCUCCAAGUCCUGCCCCAGGGCUACGGCUGGAACCUGCUGUAUGGCUCCCUGCUGCUGGGCCUUGUGGGUGGGGUCUGCACCCUGGGAGCCGACCUCUACGCCCGGGCCUCGUUCCUCACAUUUCUGCUGGUCUCUGGCUCCCUGACCUCCGUGCUCAUCAGCUUUGUGGCUGUGGGGCCAAGGAACAUCCCCUUGACUCCUCGGCCUGGCCGCAAUGGCUCCUCCCUGCCGCCUCGAUUUGGCCACUUCACCGGCUUCAACAGCAGUACCCUGAAGGACAACUUAGGCGCUGGCUAUGCUGAGGACUACACCACGGGAGCCAUGAUGAAUUUUGCCAGCGUCUUUGCUGUCCUCUUUAAUGGCUGUACAGGCAUCAUGGCUGGGGCCAACAUGUCAGGGGAGCUGAAGGACCCCAGCCGGGCCAUCCCUCUGGGCACCAUUGUCGCCGUCGCCUACACCCUCUUCGUCUAUGUCCUGCUUUUCUUCCUCUCCAGCUGCACCUGUGACAGGACCCUGCUGCAGGAGGACUAUGGGUUCUUCCGCGCCAUCAGCCUGUGGCCCCCGCUGGUGUUGAUCGGAAUCUAUGCCACCGCACUCUCCGCGUCCAUGAGCUCGCUCAUCGGUGCCUCCCGCAUCCUCCAUGCCCUGGCCCGGGACGACCUCUUCGGAGUGAUCUUGGCGCCGGCCAAGGUUGUGUCCCAAGGGGGAAACCCCUGGGGAGCUGUACUGUAUUCUUGGGGCCUGGUGCAGCUGGUGCUUCUGGCCGGGAAGCUGAACACGAUAGCUGCUGUAGUCACCGUCUUCUACCUGGUGGCCUAUGCUGCCGUGGACCUGUCCUGCCUGAGCCUGGAGUGGGCCUCGGCCCCCAACUUCCGCCCCACCUUCAGCCUGUUCUCCUGGCAUACCUGCCUGCUGGGGGUGGCCUCCUGCCUGCUCAUGAUGUUCCUCAUCAGCCCCGGUGCGGCCGGGGGCUCCCUGCUCCUCAUGGGCCUGCUGGCUGCGCUGCUCACUGCGCGAGGAGGCCCCAGCAGCUGGGGCUAUGUCAGUCAGGCCUUGCUUUUCCACCAGGUGCGCAAGUAUCUGCUCCGGCUGGACGUCCGGAAGGACCACGUGAAGUUCUGGCGGCCCCAGCUGUUGCUGCUGGUGGGGAACCCCAGGGGCGCCCUGCCUCUGCUGCGACUGGCCAACCAGCUUAAGAAGGGGGGGCUUUAUGUGCUGGGCCACGUCACCCUGGGAGACCUCGACUCCCUGCCCUCGGACCCAGUACAGCCUCAGUAUGGGGCAUGGCUGAGCCUGGUGGACCGGGCCCAGGUGAAGGCUUUUGUGGAUCUAACCCUCUCACCCUCCGUGCGCCAGGGGGCUCAGCAUCUGCUGCGAAUCUCGGGCCUCGGUGGCAUGAAGCCCAACACGCUGGUCCUGGGUUUCUACGAUGACGCCCCACCACAGGACCAUUUCCUGACGGACCCGGCUUUCUCCGAACCUGUGGACAACACCAGGGAGGGUGGUUCCCCGGCUCUCAGCACCCUGUUCCCUCCUCCCCGGGCUCCUGGGAGCCCCCGGGCUCUCAGUCCCCAGGACUAUGUGGCCACGGUGGCUGAUGCCCUCAAGAUGAACAAGAAUGUGGUGCUAGCCCGGGCCAGUGGGGCCUUGCCCCCAGAGCGGCUGAGCCGGGGGUCUGGGGGCACCUCUCAGCUGCACCACGUGGAUGUGUGGCCCCUCAACCUGCUGCGGCCCCGGGGUGGGCCCGGCUACGUGGAUGUCUGUGGUCUCUUCCUGCUGCAGAUGGCAACCAUCUUGGGCAUGGUGCCCGCUUGGCACAGUGCCCGGCUCCGGAUCUUCCUGUGCCUGGGGCCUCGGGAGGCGCCUGGGGCGGCCGAGGGGCGGCUGCGGGUGCUACUGAGCCAACUGAGGAUCCGGGCUGAGGUGCAGGAGGUGGUGUGGGGUGAGGGGGCUGAGGCUGGGGAACCUGAGGCGGAGGAGGAAGGGGACUUUGUGAACAGUAGGCAGGGAGACGCGGAGGCAGAGGCCCUGGCACGCAGCGCCAACGCCCUGCUUCGGGCCCAGCAGGGGCGUGGCACGGGAGGAGGGCCGGGUGGGCCAGAGGGUGGGAAUGCCGAGGGCCCCACCACAGCCCUCACCUUCCUGUACUUGCCUCGGCCGCCCGCUGACCCCGCCCGCUACCCCCGCUACCUGGCGCUACUGGAGACUCUAAGCCGAGACCUGGGCCCCACACUGCUGGUUCACGGUGUCACCCCGGUCACCUGCACUGAUCUCUGAUGCCCCUGCCUCCAGGGCUGGGUAGAGAGGGCCCAGGCAGGCGGCCCAUCCUGAUCCUUGGCGAAGGAGAAGGGAAUCGCUGUGUCCUGUGGUCCUGCCCCUGGGACCUGGAGCCCAGGGGAGGUUUUAAGGGGGUUCUGGGCUUGGGUGUCACACCCACCUCCUUUGGCAGAGGGACCCCAGCACAAUAACUCCGGAUGGCUGUCCCCACCGUUCAGGGGAGGGAGUCUGCAGCCUCCCUUCACUGGUGCCUUGAUGCUAGGGGCUGGCCCUCCUCCGAACUCUGGGCUACCUCAGUUUCCUCAUCCUGGCCAGACUUACUGGCCCACUGGGGUGGUGAUGUUUUCAUUCUGUUUUAUUUUUCUAACUCUGCUGACCAUGAAUAAAAGACCAAAACACUA